UUUGUCCGACCGCCAUAUUGUGUGACAGUAUUUUGAUUCGUAUCCGCUGGAAGCGAGAGAAGGGGUGUCGAAAAGAGAGAGAAAAACAAGGGAGGGGAGCCGGAGGUGGGGGGACGAGAGAAGAGGCCGAAGAGGAGCUGUCAGGAGGGAAACCUGUCCUCCCGUGCGGCUGGAAACGGCUAGCGGGCGAGGCGGCGGCGGCGUCCACGGGCAGCCCGCGCUAGCAGCAGCAGGAGCGGCCUGGGUCCAGCGCGGCCCCCGAGCCUCGAGUUCCUCCUCCUCCGCGCUGCGGCGGCGCGGGUGUUGCAGGCGGCCCGGGGAGCGGCGGCGGCGGCACGAAAAUGCUGUGAAAGGAACAGAAAGCAUUUAAGUGUGUGCUGCAAUCCAGUCUGUUCCAUCCUGGCAGUCCACGAAUGGCACAGGGAAACCAGCAGAUUGACAUUCAGGUUCUGCAGCAACUGCGCCAGAAGUUUCCGGAAGUGCCAGAGGGCGUGGUCUCCCAGUGCAUUCUACAAAAUAAAAACAACUUGGUUGCCUGUUGCGAGUACCUGACCCAAGUGAGUCCUGGCUUUCUGUACAGCGAGGGCAACCCGAGUGUGAGCGACUUGCGCAAUCACAUGACCCAGCUCAACCUGGGCGUCUCCCAGAACACCCAUGGUGCAGUGCAGCAAAAGGGAGUGAGGAUGAAUGGCAGCAGGACUCUCUCCCACAGCCUGAGCGACGGGCCCAUCAAUGCCCCCCCACCGCCUUCCGACUUCUACCAGGCUGAGCCGCAGGCCGCCCCUCCUCACACACCUGCCAUCAAUGCCUUCUGUGUGAUGGAACCGCCGCAAAAGCCGCAGCCACCACAAAAUCUUGGCCUGUAUCUAGGGGGCAAAGGUCAUGGGCCACCCCCAGCUCUACGCUUUAAUCCAAUCACGGUGACUCUCGCGCCCAACACGGGUCGCAACACCCCCACAUCCCUCCACAUCCAUGGAGGACCGCAAGCUGGUCUAAACAGCCCAAAUUCAAUCUACAUACGCCCGUACGUGAGCCAAUCGGGAGGCACCCGGCAGCCCCAGGGCCGGGGCCAGUACAGCCCCACCUCACAGCCCGCACAGCAGAUCUACCAGAUCACACACCCUGCCGGCACGCAGAACUGGGCGGGCACCCAGCACCAGACCUCGCACGUUUACAUGCCUAUCAGCUCACCCACCACCCCCCAGCCCCCUUCCAUCCUGCAGGCCGCAUCCUCCCAGGCCUGCUCCUCAUCUUCUUCCUCGUCGUCUUCCUCGUCGUCAGCAGCCGGCCCGCUGUCGUCGUCCUUCAGCCAGUUCAACAUCCAGAACAUCUCGACAGGGCCGAGAAAGAACCAGAUCGAGAUUAAGCUCGAGUCUCCGCAGAGAGUAGGCGGAGCUUCAGCCGCCGCUUCCACUGCCACACUGAUGUGCACCGGGUCUAGCUCACGACCCUCCUGCAGUUCGACAUCUUCUUCCUGCCCAUCGCCCUCCUCCUCCUCGCUGGCUGCCUCUGCUGGUGUUUCUGCCCCACUCUCUAUUGGAGGACCAGGACUUAGCCGAAGUCAGCCCACCGUGUACAUCUCUGCCUCUCCUCCCGCCAACGCAACAACGCCGUCAGACGAGUGUGCAGCCCUUCCUCCCACCCCUCGCUCGCAGCCCAAAUUCUACAUCUCAGCCAACGCAUCUUCAGACGAGGGUGGUGCACGGAACCCGCCCACUGUCUACAUAUCAGCCAACCCCACGCUUCCAGGUGCUUCGGGUGGACGCAGCCUAGGUGGUCAAGUCAGCAUGGGCCCAGCCUACAUCCAUCACCACCCACCAAAGUCCCGCGCCUCGAUGGGAGUGGCAGGGACGGCCACAUCGCCGCGAGUGGUGGUGACACAACCUAACACCAAGUACACCUUCAAAAUCACAGUCUCGCCCAACAAGCCACCUGCCGUGUCUCCUGGCGUGGUAUCGCCCACUUUUGAGCCCACCAACAUGCUGAGUCUGCCAGCUGAUCACCACUACGCUGAACCAGAACCCCUGCACCUGUCUGAUCCUCUCUCACAACACCGAGAGCGGGCCACGGAGGCCCGCAGACCCAGCAUGGGCUCCGACGAUGCUGCUUACACACAAGCAUUACUGGUGCAUCAGAAGGCACGUAUGGAGCGUUUGUGUCAUGAGCUAAAGCUGAAAAAGAAGAACUUGGAAAAGCUUAAAGAGGAAGUGAACGAGAUGGAGAAUGAUCUCACAAGAAGACGACUGCAGAGGUCAAACUCGGUCUCGCAGAUUCCAUCUCUUGACGAGAUGCAGCAGCUGAGGUGUAAAAACAGAUUACUGCAGAUCGACAUCGACUGUUUAACUAAAGAGAUCGACCUCCUCCAAGCACGCGGACCACACUUCAAUCCUAACGCAAUCCAUAAUUUCUAUGACAACCUCGGUUUCCUGGGUCCUGUCCCUCCAAAACCCAAAGGUACCCCAGCACCAGGCCCGGAUCAUUGGGGCUCCCUAGACAGGAGAGGACGUAAAAUAAAUGUCAGCUCCAAGCUAAAGAGAGACCCUUCUCUCCCUCCUGUACCACCCUGUCUUCCUGCACCUGUGGAGCCGAACAACAAGAUUAUAAAGCCCGUGUCGGAGGUCGAGGAUGAUGAUGGUGUUCAGUGGGGUUGUACUGCCUGCACCUUCCUCAACCAUCCUGCUCUUAACCGCUGUGAACAGUGUGAAUUCCCACGACACUUCUGAGCCCCGAAUACAUGCACACACAUGCUCACCUGAACACACACAGCAUUUGCCAGCUCGAUUACACUUCAUUUCAAAAAAGGACAUAAUUGUGGAGUGUGUUCGUGUGUGUGCAUGCUUGUUUUUGCAGUGUUUCCUUUCUCUCUCUAUCGCUCUAUCUAUCUAUAUAUAUAUCUAUCUUUGGUUGUGUGUCCUUCUGCCCACUGAAGACUGGAUGAUGUUUACAGGUUUUUCUCCGUUUCAGUCUGUCAAGCUUAGCUGAGCUCUCUACUGCGUCUGUAUGAUUGAACAGUUGACUGUGUGUGUGUAGUGUGUGUUUGGGUGUGUUGGCUUGCAAGAGUGUGUGUUUCACUUUGUUUUUCACUGUGGAGGUUUCCCCCUGCUGGCUCCAAAAUGAAUCUCAGUGCUGCCCAAAAACAGUAUUAUCCAAAUGUUUCUUUGCACACACACAACACAGACACACACACAUGCAAGUGCCAGUGUGCCUUACGGAUGGGAACUGCCUUAAACAGCCGCCUCAUCCUCUAACCUGAAGGGAAUACCCGACAGACUACUUUCUGGACUUUUUCCACAGGACGGAGGGAAGAAUCUGUGGAAUUUCUGCCAAAUUGGAGUUUUUCCUUUGCCUUCGUUCUUUUUUUUGCAUCAUUUUUGCGGAAAAUGAACCAAAAAUGGACUUCAGCUGCAUGCCUUAGAUGUACAGUUUACAAAGAAGCCCCCUUCUCACUCAAGCUUUUUAACUGUACAUAGUUUUAGAAUGAGCUUUUAAGUGCUGUUUUCUUUCUCUCUCCUCUCACUGUCUCUCUCUUCAGCUGUCAUGUGUAUUUCCUGUAAUUAUAGCUUCAUAGACUUCAUUUAUUUCUGUGUUAGUUUUUUUUUCUCUUAGAAAAAUGAGUACGGUUUCCCUCUGAGUUUCUUCUUUACCAGCGUACGGCCUGCAGAUGCAGCAAAGGUCAAAAAGAUGGAGUUUACGGACGACGGGCCCGUAACCUCCAACAGGCCAAAAGUCUCCACAGGGUGUCCUCAUCAAACGGAGCACAGCCCUGCAAUGGACAAUAAGCUGCCAUCUUGGCUGACAACUGGAAUGUAGGUUUCAUUUUCUGGGAUUUUUUUGUCUACACCUUUGUGCCAAGCAAGGAGAACAGAAUGUGUUUGUUAUGAGUUAUAAACAAAGACUUGUGAAGUCUCCGUGCCUGUGUUCCCUCUCAAAAGCUGUUGAGUUCUCGGGGAGGGACGCUUCACGGAUCAGAUGUUCAGGAAUUGUGUUCCUGGGUGAAGCCAAAUCAGUCACCAUGUGCCUUCAGUCAGAUACUCUGCGACUGAAAUGGACAGUGCCUUUUUUUCGUAGAUUUGAUUACACAAGUUCCACGAGGCCUUCAUGAUGUUUUAAAUGUUUAUUAGCUUAUAAAUUUUACCUUAAUUUUGGAGAAAGAUAUAAAGUGAAAAAAAAAAAAAACAAGUCGAGAAGAUGUGAAGAACUGUGAUUUUCAGUUUCACGUGCUGCCUCACUUUUCGGCCUUAUUAAAGUGUUACUGAAUGGAAAGUGUAUGCAGUGAUGAGAUUAAUAUGAUCAUAAUGCACAGCCUAAAUUGUCUCUCUCAUAGGGUCUCUUCAACCCAGUUUAUUCCCAGUCUUGGAUUAAAAAGAAAGUCUAUCAAUAAUAAUGCUGUAAUACAGCAGUUUAAUGUGGUACUAUCUGUGUAAUGGACCUGGAAAAUGCCCAUUGUCUAAAACACAGAUCUCUGUGUCUGAAUCAAAUGGGGAAAAAAGGCUAUGAGCAUUUAGCUGUGUUCUCAUUAGCUGAUAACGUUUUUGCCCAAUAAAACAGAACAUGACUGGGUGCCCUUCCUGCCUCAGAAUCCUGCCUUACGUUUCAGACACAGUGAAUUGGUGAUCUGAUGAUGACGAUACUGACAAGGAUGAUACAUGCUUGAUUUUUAAUCCGAGUUGUGGCUUGAGCUGGGUUUGAGAACUGCAGCAUUAAAGGGAAAUCUCUCUGAAGAACUUGUGUUUGAGGAACCCAAAAAAACUCUCACACCUGAUUGUAGCUCUGAGUCAGAGCUGCCAGUUCUAUUAAUGAAUUUAAAACUUGGGAUGGGGAAAGAGAAUAAAACUGAUUUGGAUAUCUAAAGUGGUUUUUAAUGUUAGUGGGGAAAACUGUCUUUGUAACAGAUAAGUUAUUUGUAAAAAAUAAACAAAAAAAUGUUCUGAAA